AUGAUAAAAUUUGGAAAUUCAAAGUUUUUAAAACACACUUCUAUGUUUUAUAAUACGAGAUUUUCAAGAAUAGAUGUAUCUUUGCACCAAAAAAGCUACAUUAAAUUUAAUAAUAAUAAACAAUUAUCAACAUCAACAUCACCUUCGUCAACUGCAACAAUGAGAAAUAAUAAUAGAUUCCCCUUACUUUUUAUUGUUUCUUUAAUAUUAAAGUUUUAUAAAAUUCAAAAAUAUGCUGAUGUUAAUCCAUCAGGUGUUAAAAUGUUACCAGAAUGGCUUUAUGAGAGUAUAUUUAAACGUAAGAAGCGGCCUGAGCUUAAUCAAAAACAUAUAAUUAUAUCUUUAAAUCAUUUGAAAAAAAAUGAUUUACUUGAAAAAAAGUUAGAAGAAUUUCCAUCUCUACCACCGCAAUUCAAUUUACCAAAAUUAACAAGGAAUACAAUAGCAGAACAUUUUUGGUAUUUAGGUUAUCAACAAGCAAGUCCACAUAUUAAACUUGCUAAAGAGUUUGCAAACUUAAGAAAAUUACCUGAAAUGCCAUCGCCAUCAGAUUGGAAAUUUGAACCAGGUUGGGUUCGUUAUGUAAAAAAUAAAGUACCAGAACCUGUGGAUUAUCCUAGGGAGCAGAUUUUAUGUUUUGAUGUGGAAACAAUGUCUAGUUAUGGUGAUUAUGGUAUGAUUGCCUGCGCUGCUUCUCCCACUGCUUGGUAUGCUUGGACUUCACCAAGUCAAGAUCGUAUAAUAAUUGGUCAUAAUGUAGGGUUUGAUCGUGCACGUAUUUUAGAAGAAUAUUCAUGUAGCGGUUCUAAAAAUAAAUUUUUGGAUACAAUAUGUUUACACAUGGUUGUGAAUGGUCUUUCCUCAACUCAACGCUCAACAUGGAUCAAGUAUCAGAAAGCCAUGCUUGAAAAAAAUGAAAAUUUUUUGAAUGAUGCGAAAAGAUUUAAGCCUAUAUACGACAUUAGUUCUAUAAAUAAUCUUCAAGAUGUCUAUAGAUUACAUUGUCACGAAGAUAUUGACAAAUCAUUACAAGAAGUUUUUGUAAAUGGAACAAUUGAGGAUGUGCUAAUACCAGGAAUGUUUCAGAAAAUUAUGACUUAUUGUGCUAAUGAUGUACUUGCUAUUCAUAGAAUUUAUUGUAAACUUUUACCUCAAUUCUUUGAUGUUUGCCCACAUCCGGUAUCAUUUGCUGGAAUGUUACAUAUGGGUAGUAUGUUUUUACCGACUUCAAAUGAUUGGAAUGAACAUGUUAAUAAGAUUGAGGAUAUCUUUCAAUCACAACGUAUGUCUAUGGAACGAGAUUUGGAAGAUUUAGCAUUAGCUACUUUGGAAGAAGGUAUGAAAAAUCCUGACAAAGUGGAGCAAGAUGAAUUCUUGAAACAAUUGGAUUGGUCACCUAGUUCAAAUAAUGCAAAAUUUCUUCCCGGUUAUCCUAAAUGGUGUAGAGAAAUUUAUGAUCCUAAAGAGGGUAGACUAAAAUUAUCUCAUAGAAUGAAAGUUACCCCUAUUUUGUUACGUUUGAAGUGGAAAGAAUUUCCAUUAUAUUAUUCAAUGCAAUAUGGUUGGACUUAUAGAGUACCAAAAAAUUCUAAUUAUAAAACUAAUGAAAAGCCAUGUGUAUUUGAAGUGGAAAGUAUUGAUAAUGAUUUGUCAUCUAAUGUUGGAUUUUUCGAAUCUUUAAUAAAAGAAGCGAAAUCAAAAAAACAUUUAAAAGCAGAAAAAGAAUUAGUAGAAUCAAAGAGAAAAUCAAAACCUAAACAAAAAUCGUUAUUGGGUGGUGACGAGUUGCUUGCAAGUGAUAAAAAUGGAAUUUAUUAUUGUGUUCCUAAUAAGCUUAAUGAUGAAUCACGUUGUAUGACACCUUUUUCAAAAAAGUAUUUUAGUGAUUAUGAAAAAAAAAUAAUAACAUCAGAGUUCGACAGUAUAACCAAAAAUGUAUUUGAUACAAGUGUUAGUUGCUCAUAUUGGAUAUCAGUUAGAGAACGUGCAUUGGGCCAGAUGGUGAUUGGAAUGAUUUUACCACAAACAAUAGCGAUGGGAACUAUUACACGUCGUUCUGUCGAAAGUACCUGGAUGACCGUUAGUAAUAUCGAGGAAAAUCGAGUAGGAUCAGAACUUAAGGCUUUAAUACAAGCUCCAAAAGGUUAUAAAAUAAUUGGAGCAGAUGUGGAUUCAGAGGAGUUGUGGAUAUCAAGUCUAAUUGGUGAUUCACAAUUUGGAUUUCAUGGUUCAACAGCUAUGAGUUGGAUGACCAUUCAAGGAAAUAAAAGUGAGAGUACAGAUAUGCAUUCACAAACGGCCAAAAUUUUAAAAAUUUCAAGAUCUGAUGCAAAAACAUUUAAUUAUGGUAGAAUAUACGGGGCUGGAUUAAAGUUUGCAGCACAAUUAUUAAGACAAUGUAAUUUGAAUAUUACAGAAAAAGAAGCAUCUGAACGCGCAGAAGAAUUAUUUAAUUUCACAAAAGGUAAAAGAUUUGCAUCAAAAAAUAUCAAAGAUAACAAGAAUAAACCCCAAAAAAUACCUUAUGAUGAUUUUUGGUAUGGAGGAAGUGAAAGUUAUAUGUUUAAUAGUUUGGAAGAUAUAGCAUUUUCAUUUGCACCUAGAACACCAGUUUUAAAAUGUGGGAUGACUGAAGCAUUGAAAAAGGGGGCAUCUAAAUCUGAAUAUAUGAGAUCAAAGAUAAAUUGGGUAGUUCAAUCAUCCGGAGUUGACUAUCUUCAUUUGCUGUUGGUCUCUAUGCAAUAUUUGAUUGAGAAGUAUGAUAUAAAGGCAAGAUUUAUGAUAUCGAUUUAUGAUGAAAUAAGAUUUCUUGUUGAAGAACAUGAUAGUUAUCGGGCUGCGUUAGCAUUGCAAAUUAGUAAUUUAUGGACAAGAGCAAUGUUUAGUUAUAUGAUGGGAAUUGAGGAUUUACCAUUGUCCACUGCGUUUUUUUCAACAGUUGAUAUUGAUCAUGUAUUACGUAAAGGCGCAGGCACAAGUUGUAAAACUGUAUCUUAUGACUGUAAUAUUGAAAAUGGGGAGAGUUUGACUAUUCAUGAACUUUUGAAGCAUCAAAUUAGUUUACAAAAAAACAAUAAUUAUCUUGAAGAAGAUGUGAUAAAUUUCGGUACUUUCAAUGUUAAUAAUAGUAGAUUUAGGAAAUCAAAGAAAAAAGAUAAUUUAUUGAUAUCACAACCAACAAUACAAUCUACAUCACCGCCACCAUUUUUAUUGAAACAACAUAAUUCAUAUAAAGAUGAUUUGUUUCUUGAAAUUCAAUCAUUAUCAAGAUAUACCAAGGAUUUUUCUUUUGAUAAUAAACUUAAUAUUAUCAAGAAGAGAUUAUUUCCAGCUUGGAGAUUCUUGUCAUUUAAUGAUGGCCAUAUGACCAGGUAG